UUUGCCAACUGACAAGCCUCUUUGCCUAAAGGAAGCGACUGGCCGGGCUUUGAGCAGAAAUGAAACUUAAAACAGGGAGGAAGUCCUAAAGGAAGAACAUGAACAGUGGAGGUGAGAGCACCGAGAGAAGAAGGCAGACGAGUGUGAGACAGGGAGCAUCUCAACAGCUCAGAGCAGAUAUGGCCUCUACGUCUACAUCACCCAGUGAGCCGUCCUUACUGGAGAAACAUAUAACCUGCUCCAUCUGCAUGGAGGCUUUUAAGGAUCCCGUCAGUACAACUUGUGGUCACUCUUUCUGCAAGGACUGUCUUCGCUGCAACUUUGAAUACAAUGACAUGCAGUGCCCACUUUGCAAGACACACCUAACCAAAGCCCCCGAUGUGAACAUCGUCCUGAGAGACCUCAUCCAACAGCUGACAAAGAAAGACGACGAGGCUGUGGGGCCCGGUGAAGUGGCCUGUGAUGUUUGUAUAGAGCAGAAGCUGAAGGCGAAGAAGUCCUGCCUUGUGUGUCUCGCCUCGUAUUGCUCGACCCACGUGAAGAAUCACUACUCGACUAAGCGGCUGAAGGGCCACAAGUUGGUGGAACCUGUGGAGAACCUGGAUGCGAGGGCUUGUUUAACCCACGGACGCCCCCUGGAUCUGUACAGCAGGAAGCGGCAGAAAUGCAUCUGCGUUCGUUGCAUGCAGGAAGGUCAGGAGGAGGUCGUCUCUACUGAGGACGAAUGGGACAAGAAGAAGACUGAACUCGAGGACAACAAGACGGAGUUACAAGAUGAAAUCAAGAAGAGAAAAACAAAGGUGGAUGAGAUCGCUAAGGCUCUUAAGGACUGUAAGGACGUGCUGGAAAAUGAUUGGUGGGAUAUUGAGGGUGUGUUCACUGCUGUGAUCGCCAUCAUGGAGGAGGCCAUGGCCAGAAUGCAGCAGCCGCUAAAGGAAAGGAGGCAGCUUUUGGAGAAGGAAGCCAAAAACCUCAACGAUCAGUUGGAAGCAGAGAUCAACAAACUGGAGACGACCAUUUCUGAACUGGACGAUAUAUCAGCGCUAGAGGAUCACGUCCUUUUCCUGCAGUCUGUUGGUACAUCUUUGUUCCGUCUUUCUGUUUCUCAGAGUUACCCAUCUCUUCAAGAUCCAAACAACAUGAAAGACUGGACAGAAGUAGAGCUGGAUACAUCUCUGUCGUUUGGCACCAUGAGAAAAACCACAAUAGCUAUGAUGGAAAAAAUCCAACAGGAACUGGAGAAAUUGACAUCCAUUGAACUAAAGAGGGUCCCAACGUUUACAGCGGAUGUGAAGCUGGAUCCAGCUACAGCACACAAACGGCUUGUUGUCUCGAAAGACGGCAAACAAGUGAAAGAUGGAGGAGAGGACCAGGAAGUAGCCGACGGCCCUGAGAGGUUUGAUCUGUUCGGCGGCGUCCUGGGGCUCGACGGCUUCACCUCGGGGAGGUCCUACUGGGAGGUGGAGGUCACCAACAAGACCGGCUGGGACCUGGGUGUAGCGAGAGGUGACGCAAACCGGAAGGGGAAACUCAAACUGAACCCAGAGAACGGUUACUGGGUGACUGUGCUGUAUGAAGAUAAAAAGUUCGCCGCCCUGACAGCUCCACCACUUCGUCUUUCCCUGGAGAAGCCGGAGAAGGUGGGGGUGUUUGUGGACUACGACGAAGGUCUCGUCUCUUUCUACGACGUCACGGCUCAGUCUCACAUCUACUCGUUCACCGACUGUUCGUUCAAAGAUGAGCUUUACCCAUAUUUCAGUCCUCAUUUCAAACAAGAGGAGAAGAAUUCUGAGCCUUUGAUUAUAUCUGCGGGGAAACUGUGAGAGGAGGACAUAGAUAAGUCAUGAACAGCAUGUUUGUGUUGCGAUUUUGUUGUUCAAACAUCCUUGAUUCCUUUCCUCAACUUAUCUUCUUGUGCUUUAGUCCUUGUCAGAUGAACAUAACCGUGUUCCUGACAUCCUACGUUUACUUAAAAUUCAAUUCACAACCUGCCAUAAUAUGACGAAAAUAUACAGAUACCACUUAUUUUUUAUUUAACAUCCAGGUUUGACACACAAACGAGUUCUACCCAGAUAAUGACAUAGACUAUGAUGAUAUAUAUUAUGCACAACACAUUUGGUAAACUUGCUAAAGAAGACCUAAACCAUAUGAAUGUUGGUUGUGAAGCAGCACAUGAAUUCCUGAUCUAGAAUCUGAGCACACUAAAGCUAAAAUACUGUAAGUACAGUUACACUAUACAGCAUGAGCACAUAGAACUUUAUGAUUUCUGCAGACAGAAGCAAAAACUAAACUAGAACCAAAAAAAAACCAAAACAUUUUUGCAAUGAAACAUAUAAAGAAAAUAGGAUGUUUUGUUAUAGUUCAAAUUAUACAACAGUAAAUACUGCAUAAGUAUAAUUGCAAGUAUAAUUAGCAUUCGUUGCCAUCUAAAAAUACCAAACAUUUCAAUGGCUUCAGCUUCUUAAAUGAGCCUCAUAUAUGCUGCUUUGGCCUUUAACUAUUUUAAUAUCUGUUUUAAUCAUUUUGAAGUUUGGAUUAUUGUCUUUUUAACUAGAAUGUUGUACCUGCAAUCUGAACAAAAAAUUGCCACUAGCUAUGAUGAAAUCCUGCUUUUGUAUCAAUAUUAUUCAUUUAAUAAUAUAACAAUCACAAUGACACUGCAAUGUUUAAAUGAUUUAGUAUGAGCUGGUAAAUAGAAAGAAAUAGGUCACAUGAACUGGCCACAGUAAAUGUUUGAAAUUUACCAGGGGGUGCCAUUGGUGCUUGGACCCAAAUCAUCUACAGCAGUAAAAUAGAAAUAUACAUAACGCAGCGGUAAAAUUAAUCCAAAAACAGCACAUGAAAGAGUAAAACACUGAGAGGGAACAUUUUGUAAGAUUACGUAUUUUUUUAUACUAUCAUUUUAAAAGCAAACCUUUUGUAACUGGGUUUUUUUUAACAGGCUUGUAUUUGUACUUUUACUUAAGUUUCUGAGUUACUGCCCCACUACUGCAAACAAUGAUGGAAAUUCUUCUUAUUCACACCAACAUCUUAGACAUAAAAUGAGUGUGAAGUCUAAUUAUAAUGCAAUUUUAGUAUUUUUGAACUGUGUUGUUUUUAUUUAGAAAUUUCCACAAAAUGAAUAAAAGUAACUUUUGAAAAUA